AUGGACGCACCAAAGAUUACCCGUGGCAGCGCCCAGUUGUUGGACGAAAGCAAAAGCGAGGGGAACGAACUGUUCCGGAGGAAGAAGUAUGAAGAAGCUCUGGGCGUUUACCUGGGCGCUGUUGCGAAACUCUGCGGUGAGCCACUAGAUUCUACGAACGUUAGAAGAUUGGUUCAGUUUUUUCGAGAAAAUGGAGGGAAAAAGGAGGUAGACAUACCCGAGGGUAAGAGUGCAGAUUCCCCCCACCUGAACCAACACGUCAAAGAUCUCUUCACAAAGAUAUGCCACAAUGUGUCCUUAUGUUACUACUUCCUGGACCGACCGGAAGAGGCAAUUGAUUACUCCUCGUAUGUAAGCGAUAUGGAUAGCAAACACUACAAGAGCUACCACACCUUGGGUCUGUGCUACGAGAAGUUAAAAAAUUACAAAAAGUGUAUGGAGUCUUUUGAGCGUUGCAAGCUUGUCCUCUUGAAGGAAGGAAGUAACUGCAGUUCCGGAAACUCUUCUCCCCUUGUGAGUGCUGAUGUGAAAAACGAAGUGAACCGAAUUAACGAAAAGCUCAAGAGGCUAAUCAGAGAAAUGGAAGAAGCCAAACAACAGAAAGAGGGACUAGGCAUCACCAUCGAUAUGGCCAAAAAAACAAUUCUCGAUGAUGCCAGCACGGAAGAGGAAAAAAUUAAAAUGAUCCACAGCAUUUGUAAGCAUAAAAUACAUACCCUCUUGAGGGAAAAUAUUUUUUACUUCUUCUCCCAACUGUUAAAUCAUGGAGAAAACUCUCUAUCCAUUGAGAAGGCGUGUCUACAUGUCAUCUAUAAACUAGUAUCAAAAAUGGAGAGAGAUACAGAGGAAAUUUCAAGGAACACCAAGGUUUGCAUCAACAAGGUAAGUGACAUGAAGCUGGAAUAUUACUAUGAUCUCCAUUUUGUGAAAACGAUUUUGUCCUUACAUGAGUCCUUCGACGAACAGUGGAUAAAUAGCUAUGUAAAGGAAAAGAUGAAAAAAAUGGAAACCCUCAAAUUCGAUAAGAAGAAAGAUACCUACAAACUUGUGAAGGACAUCCUCAUCUUUAUCAUCCACAUUGUUAAGUACAUCCAUGUAGUGACAAAUGAUAAAAUUAUAAGAAUCAUCAACACAUAUUUUCUCUCUAACGACGACGUAGACAUAGCUACCAGUGCACUAGACGCAAUAAUUUUCCUCUGCAAAAAAAAAAAAUUCUUUAUACAGAAGAGAAAUACAAAGGAGGGAAAAAAUUCAAUCACCCUUUUAAACACCUUAUUGGAAGAUUCAAACAUAGAUGUCAAACAUUAUCUGAUUGAUACCCACUUUGGAGACAUCUGUAAGCAUCCCCUCUGUGCAAAUCUCGAAAUUAAAACAACUAUUCAGCAGUGCAUUAGUAUGCAUGAAAAUUUUCCCAGUGACGUGGAGUACGCCUUGAUACUUAUCCUAUCCCUGUUGUAUGAUAAAAACAGACCCAGUGAAAAGGAUACCGAAAUGAAUGAUCUCAUAUAUGAGUGCAUAGAUUUGUAUUUCAAACCACAAGAUAUUGGAGUGGAGUGGUUUCUGUCUGUUAAAUGUCUCUUUCUCGUGGACAAGAAUAUUGUUCUGAAUUACCUAAUCGGAAAAAAUCAAUACCUCUAUGAUAUACUUACCUUUAUUAACCAAUCCGUGGGAAGGAAGCCAAAGAAAGAUAUCUCCCUUUUUAUAGAUGUUCUACUUCUACUUCUAAAUAUUUCAGAGCUUCGUUUCAUGCUGAACACUUACAUUGAUGUGUACAUUAACAUUUUGAAGACCUUCCCCUAUGACGAGAAUUUUCUAAAGUUCCUCGUGGGUUCUUUCAAACUAUAUAUGCACAGUAAAGAAUUCAAGGAGGAAAUUGUCAAGAGAGUCGAUUUGUUUUCCUACGCUAAGGAGUUGUUGAAGCGCUUCCUAUUGCGAAGCGAAGGACAGAAGAACAAGAUAUCCUCGGAUGGUGGCCCCACCCAGAAGGACUCUCCAACCUCUUUGCAGAAGCGGGAGUUUCUUGAGUCAACGGAGCAGUCUUCACACAACGGAAGGAAGAACUGCGAAUUGGUGAGCAAGAUGAUGAAGAAGCAAACGAAGAUUUCCUCAAAUGGCAAUACAGACUAUGACACACACGCGCUGAAGGAUCUCAUCGAAAUGGUCUUCUACCUCAGCCUGCACAUUGAAUUUAAGAAGCAGCUCCUGGAGCAAGACAAUCAGUACAUCCUGUUCUUCCUGAUCAAAGUCGGAGAUGAAAUUAACCAGAAGAAACUAGACAAUACGUACAAGUACUUAUACUGCAACACAAUCAACAAUUUAAUAUUAACAAGAAAAGAUGAACAGGUCAGGCGAAGAGAAAUUAACAAAGCCAAUUUAUCCAACUUUGAUUCUGAACAAAUUGAAGCAUUAGAACAAUUUUACGAAAAGUUACCAACAGCAGCCAAACCUAAGACCGACCCUCUGUAUGACUAUGGAGAUGAAGAUACGAGUAAUCAGUUAAUUAAAUUAUUGAUGUAUAAUGAGAACUAUGUAUUGAAGGUAAAAGAAAAUGCUGAUGAGGAAAUUAUCCUACCAAAAGGGGGCAAGUACAAAAAUGGGGCAAUUGUUAACACCAUAUAUAAUUUUAUUAAUACCAAUUUUUUUACUAUCAACAUAGCAGAAGCUGUGUGUGAUAUCAUUUGCAAAUUUGUUAAGGAUACAAAAAAUAUUGGCCUUGUUCUUGUAAACAAUGGAUUGAAGGCACUACUCCUCGCGUCCAAACAUAUUGCUAAUAGGAAAAACUGCGCCUUAGCUCUGAGCGAAAUUUUCAUUUACACCAACCCCAAGUUGGUUCAUUUUUACGAGGCAUAUGAUUCAUUGCCAUUGCUGAUUCAACAAUUGGAUAUCGAAGAAGAACUCCUGGUGUUCAAGUCCUUAAUGGCCAUAACGAAUAUAUUGACCAUUGACGAGAACGUAGCCAUCAAGGCCAUGCAACUGAAUUUGUGGAACAAAUGCUUCGACAUCCUCGUAUCUGAAAAUGUCUCCAUAAGGUCCGCCAGCUUAGAGUGCAUAUGCAACUUAUGUUCUCAGCCAUAUGUCCAUCAGUAUGUGUAUGAUAAGUAUAAAAAAAUUGCCGGGGGGAAUGGAAAAGAUGAACAAAUCAAUUUCGUAGACAUACAAAUAAUGUUUUCUUUUACCAUGGAGAAGGAAAAUUACAAGGCUGUUUAUGCUGCUACUGGGGCACUUGGCAUGUUGUCCUCUGAUUUGCGCCUCCCUGUAUUUUUAAUACGCACAAAAGGUUUCCACCACGUUUUUAAUGCGUUGAAAGAAACGGACGAUGAGCAAAUUUUACUCCGCAUUUUAACCUUUUUCAACAACGUGAUACUGGGAGAAAAUGUCCCAUCGGAUGAUGUGAAAAGGGUGAGAGAUGCCGUUCGGGACAAGACGGGUCUGGAUGGCGAAAAUGCGCAAAUUGCGCAGUUUAUUCUACAGUGA